UAACAAUUUUCUUAGAUGAGUUAAAGAAAAAUCGCAUUAACACAACUUAGUACAAAUAUUAAUUUUUGAGUAUUCUUCUAUUCCUAGACAUUUUGCCAUAAUUUACCGUUUCCUUCUUUGUCCAACUUGUUUAUGGUUGGAGAAAGAAAUUGAGAUUUUAUCAAAAUUCUUGGGCAAGAAUCUUAAAGAAUGUUCCCACAAUUCGGUGCCACUGCGGAGACUUUGAGCAAGGCCUCAACAAUGGUGUUUCGAAUCGGCACGGAUGCCCACCUAUACGACGAUCCAGAAGAUGUCAACAUACCUCCUCUCCUCGACAGCAAAUUCGACUCGGAAAAAUGCGAAGCUCUAAAGCGCUUGCUCGCUCUCAUCGCUCAGGGCUUCGAUGUCUCCAAUUUCUUUCCUCAGGUUGUUAAAAACGUGGCGUCUCAGUCUUUGGAAGUAAAGAAGCUGGUUUACUUGUACUUGUUGCAUUAUGCUGAAAAGCGCCCAAAUGAGGCAUUGCUAUCCAUAAAUUAUUUCCAGAAAGAUUUAGGGGAUCCAAACCCAUUGGUGAGGGCAUGGGCGCUUCGUACAAUGGCAGGAAUCAGACUCCAUCUCAUUGCGCCUAUUGUUCUGGUUGCAGUUGGCAAAUGUGCAAGAGACCCAUCUGUGUAUGUGCGAAAAUGUGCAGCAAAUGCCCUUCCCAAACUGCAUGAUUUGCGCCUAGAGGAAAACACAGUGACGGUUGAAGAGAUUGUAGGGAUACUGCUAAAUGAUCAUUCCCCUAGUGUUGUUGGAGCUGCUGCUGCAGCAUUUGCUUCUGUUUGUCCAAAUAAUUUGCCUCUGGCUGGAAGAAACUUUCAAAGAUUAUGUGAAAUUCUGCCUGAUGUUGAAGAAUGGGGCCAGAUAAUCUUAAUUGGGGUUCUUUUGCGCUAUGUUAUUGCAAGACAUGGACUUGUAAAGGAAUCAGUUAUGUUUUCUUUGCACCAUUCAGAGAAUUGUAAAUCUGAAAAUGGUAGCUUGGAGUCAGAGAUGAAGUUCCCGUUGGCAGAAGACAGUAAUUAUGAAUCUGAAUUAGCACACAUGAUCUCCCACUGCUAUAUUGAAGGACCGGACAAAUAUUUAUCAAGAUUAAGUGACAUGAAUAAAGAUUUUUCCGAAAUCAGAUGGCAGUGUGUUACAUCUGUUAGAAGUAAUGAAGAUGUAAAGCUCCUUCUGCAGUGUACCGCACCAUUGUUAUGGAGCCAUAAUAGUGCAGUAUUACUAGCCGCUGCUGGGGUACACUGGAUUAUGGCAUCAAGGGAGGAUGUUAAGGGGAUUGUUAAGCCACUAUUGUUUGUCCUAAGAUCAUCCAUUGCCUCAAAUUAUGUGGUCCUUUGCAACAUUCGAGUGUUUGCCAAAGCAAUCCCCUCUCUCUUUGCUCCCUACUUUGAAGACUUUUUCUUAUGCUCUUCAGAUUCUUAUCAUAUAAAAGCGUUGAAGCUGGACAUACUGGCUUCUAUUGCAACCGAUUCAUCAAUUUCACAAAUAUAUAAAGAAUUCCAGGAUUAUAUUACAGAUCCUGAUAGGAGGAUUGCUGCUGACACCAUUGCUGCAAUUGGCAUAUGUGUGCAGCGACUUCCACAGAUGGCCCAUACAUGCUUAGAAGGACUCUUGACUUUGACCAGACAAGAAAUUUUUGCUGGUGAGUUUGGAUCUGUUGAUGGAGAAGCAAAUGUUUUGGUGCAAGCAAUAAUGUCUAUUAAAUCAAUCAUUAGGCACGAUCCACUCUGCCAUGAGAAAGUAAUUAUUCGACUGGUUCGUAGUUUGGAUUCAAUAAAGGUGCCUGCUGCUCGUGCAAUAAUCAUCUGGAUGGUGGGGGAGUACAACUCUUUAGGGAAGCUAGUUCCGAAAAUGUUAACCACAGUACUUAAGUAUCUUGCAUGGUGUUUCACUUCUGAAUCUUUAGAGACAAAGCUUCAGAUACUUAAUACUACUGUCAAGGUUUUAGUGUGUGCAAGUGGAGAAGACACUCUGACAUUUGAAAAAGUCUUAAGCUAUUUGCUUGAAUUGGCCAAAUGUGAUUUGAAUUAUGAUGUUCGUGAUAGAGCUUGUUUUUUGAAGAAACUUCUAUCGUCACACUUAGAUCACCAAGCUGCAGAAGCAGAACCAGGGGGCCUACAUAAGAAUAGAGGCUUGUCAUGCUUACUUGCAAAAUCCUUAUUUGCGGUACAAACAAAAUCAGCUCUUCCCCAGCCAAAUAAUCAUCGAAUUUAUCUUCCUGGUUCUUUAUCUCAAAUAGUACUUCAUGCUGCUCCAGGUUAUGAACCUCUCCCAAAACCUUGUAGUUUAACCAUUGAUGUUCGUGAAACAAAUGAAUCUGGUAAUCUAGCCACUAGUGAUCCUUCAGUAACAGAUGAUCUCUCAGUAUCUGGAUCAUUGGAUGAAGAAACUGCUUCGGAUUAUACCUCUCAGCUUUCCAGUGCUGGCUCUAAUGGUGGUCAUGGCAGUGAUGAAUUUGGUUCUGCAGGUGAAAAUGGCGAAAACACCAGCCCAUUGAUUCAGAUUUCAGAUGCUGGAAAUGCUUUCCAAGCCCAAAAUCAUGUUUCUCAGUCAGGUUCUGCUGAUUUUGAGGAAUUGAUGUCAAAGAGAGCUCUAGAGUCGUGGCUGGAUGAGCAGCCUGGUUUGUCAAAUGUGAAUACUUAUGAACCAAGUUCAAGAAAUGGAUCUUCAGCAAGAAUCUCCAUUGGGGAUAUUAGAGGCAAAAUAAAACGUAAAAGCUAUGUGCUCUUGGAUCCUGUAAAUGGAAAUGGACUGAGGGUGGAUUAUUCCUUUUCAUCUGAGAUUUCAAGCAUCUCAACUAUACUUGUUUGUAUAGAGGUUGUCCUCAAGAACUGUUCAACAGAGCCUAUGUCAAAUAUAACUUUAGUUGAUGAAGAAUCUGGCCAUGCCUUGGAUAGUGCAGAUCAAACUUUGACUCCAUCUGACAGCUCCACACCAUCUCAAGAUGAUGUGCCAACUUUAGCAUCUGUGGAGGAGAUCACCUCUCUGGAGCCUGAUCAGAUAAUGCAAAGAAUCAUCCACGUUCACUUCCAUCACCAUCUCUUACCUCUAAAGCUAGCUUUAUAUUGUAAUGGAAUAAGGCAUCCUGUUAAAUUAUGGCCUGAUAUUGGAUACUUUAUAAAAGCUGUUCCCAUGGAUGUGGAUGCCUUCAUCAAUGAGGAGUCUCAUCUUAAAGGAAUGUUUGAAUACACGAGAAGUUGCACUUUCAGCGAUCACAUUGGAGGGUUAAAUAACGACAAAGGUGACUGCUCGGUAGCGACAGACAAAUUCCUUGAAAUAUGCAGAAGUCUGGCAUCAAAGAUGCUAAGCAAUGCGAACAUUUAUCUUGUAUCUGUGGAUAUGCCGAUUGCUGCAAACCUUGAUGAUGCAUCAGGGUUGUGCUUACGGUUCAGCAGUGAGGUCUUAAGCACAUUGAAACCAUGCUUAAUUACAAUUACUGUCGAUGGUAAAUGCACGGAACCACUGAACAUUUCCAUUAAAGUGAAUUGUGAAGAAACUGUAUUUGGCUUGAAUUUGUUGAACCGGGUCGUCAAUUUCUUGGUUGAGCCAUCUCAUACCAACUUGUUGUAAAGCUUGUAAUUUGUAAUUGCAAUAAUUGAUUAUGGAAAAGAAAGAGGAAGAACGUGUGCCUUAGUUGACCCAAAUGUGAUUGUAUUCUCUUUAUUCCAAACAAUUAUCCUGAAUUCUUGAUUUCUGAAUUUCCAGUUGUUUUUUGUCCCUGUAUUGUACAGAAGAAAGAGUAAUGUUUGAACUGACAUGUUUGUUUUUUGCCUGAGUUCAAUGAUUGACUCAACUCUUCUAUCAGCCAA